AUGCCCGUGGUCCAGUUUGACUGGUUAGACCCGUCGACCUGGAAGGCGCUGUGCGAAUAUGACUUUCCUGGCGGCGAGACUUUCUCGGCCGUUUACCUGAUGGAGCCGCUGGUGGCCGAGUCGUGGGUGCCGAUGAAUGCAUUUAUCGAUUACGCCCAGCAGGACCACCGAGUCAGUCGGUUUGUCCUCGUGGCGGGCAGCUCGGCGGAUCCUUCGCGACCCGGCAUGGGGCAAGUAUGGCAACACUUGCUCGACCUGGGGUCGAUUACUGUGUGCUGCGACCGAGUUGAGAAUCUCGCCGAGGAAGGCCCGGCGACCCUGAUCCGAGAGCAGGGAAAAAAUUAUACCGCAUGCGGAGAGGGCAAGAUCCCCUUCGUCAGCGGGAUCGAUAUCGCAGCGGUGACAUUCCACGCGCUGACGAGCCCGGCGUCCCCGAACUGUGAUUAUCGGGUUUUGGGGCCGGAGCUGCUGACGUACGAUGAGGUGGCGUCCAAACUCACUGCGGCUCUCAGGCGACCCGUCAAGCACGUCUGUCUGUCGGGCGAGGAGCGCUACCAAGCGUUAGUCCAUGCGGGCUGCUCGGACUAUUAUGCGCGCUUCCUCGUCAACCUGGAAACAGCCGCCGCCACGGGAUUCGAGACGCGCAUGAAUGCCACCGUGGAGGAGGUGAUCGGCAGGCCGCCGAGGACGCUGGAAUUGUUUGCUUCGGAGCACCGAAGCGUGUGGUACGCGGACUAA